AUACAUAGGUACAUACAAGCAUACACAUACAUAUACAUAUAUACGCACAUAUACAACUAUAUAUACAUAAACGCGAAACAAGGCACAUAUAUAGACUCGAUUUGAGAUUGAUAUCUCGAAUGAAUGAUACAAACAUAUAAUAAACUUAGGAGAAAAUGGCGGAAACUAGAAUUUCUCAAGUAAAUUUAGUGGAAUGUAUACCAAAAGAUGUAGAACUCAGCUUCAUUGAUCUUGGAGAUGGAAAUACCCAAACGAAAAAGAAAAUACCGAAAAGGAUAUUACAUUUUAGUGACGGUGUCAUUGAAGAAUAUUCUUCCUCAGAAGAUGAACCAACCAGUUGUGAUGACAGCAAAUCUCCUUUAGUACCGCCAAAAUCUUUUGAUCCACGAUCUCCAACGAUUUUACCAUGGAUUUGGUUUUAUUUGACAGUUGCUUUUCGGAAAUCUGUAAAAACUGCUGAGAUGUGUGGUGAGAAACUGGGAUGGGCGCUUGGUAUAACCAGCCCUAAGUAUCAAUAUGCCAUAGACGAAUAUAAUCGGCGGAAAAAGGAGGAGGAAGCUGCUAUGUUAAAAGGACGACAGGAAGGGCAGCAGCAGGGAAGAUUUUGACAAACUGCAUAACCCGAGUUAUCGUGUUCAAACUCUCUUAUCUUACAUUCGGAUAAAUGAAUACAUGGAUAUGUGAAUUGUAACAUAUAUAUAUAU